AUGAAGGGCUUUCGGCAACGCGUGAGCCAGCUCUCGCGAGCAAAGGACCGGGAGGGCAACAAGCUGGCCAAGAAGAAGGACGGAUCAUCGGGCACCGCAUCACCUCACAAUGGCAGCGCAUCGGGCCAGUCGCCCGCCGCCACGCCUUCAUCGUCGACCAGCAACCUCGUAGACCCACGUAACAAGCCGCUGUCCGAUGCUCCCACACAGUCGCACCCCGGCGCACCAAUGCCGGGCCAGCCGCCAGCGAACGCAACCAACCAAGGCCUGUUCCCACCCCUCAGUGGAACCGCUGCUAGUGGUGGUCAGGGUCCACCAGGUGGUCCAUCGACACCCGGGAGGCUGGCACCCAGCGUGGUGAUAUCUCCAAGCGCACCUCACAUUCCAGCGCCUGGCCAGGCCGAAACCAUGCCUCACGAUCUUGCGCCACCCAAGUCGGGUCAGAAGAGCUUGCUGUUCGAUCGGUUACAAGCCACACCCAAGGACACCGUACCCGAGGGCAUUAGGACACCCAAACGGCAACAUUCGUCACGAUUCGAUAUCUCGGAUCAGAGGCAGCGCGAGUUGGAGAAACUCCCUGGGUUCCACGAAGUUCCGCCAAACAGACGGCAGGAACUGUUCAUGCAGAAGCUGGACCAGUGCAACAUCAUCUUCGACUUCAACGAUGCGUCUGGAGAUAUGAAGAGCAAGGAAAUCAAGCGAUUGGCACUGCACGAGCUGUUGGAUUAUGUCGCGCAAAAUCGACAAGUCAUUUCGGAGCCCAUGUACCCGCGAGUUGUCGAGAUGUUCGCCAAGAACCUGUUCCGGCCAAUUCCUCCACCGAUGAAUCCGCAGGGAGAGGCGUUCGAUCCGGAAGAGGACGAGCCAGUGCUGGAAGUAGCUUGGCCACACAUUCAGGUUGUUUACGAAUUCUUCUUGCGGUUCAUCGAGAGCCAGGACUUCAACACAAACUUCGCGAAGCAGUACAUUGAUCACGGCUUCGUGUUACAGCUGCUCGCGCUGUUCGACUCGGAAGAUCCUAGGGAGAGGGACUUCUUGAAGACGACGCUACACCGGAUAUAUGGAAAGUUUCUCAACUUGCGCUCUUACAUUAGACGCAGCAUCAACAACGUCUUCUUCCAGUUUAUAUACGAAACGGAGCGAUUCAACGGAAUCGCGGAGCUACUCGAGAUACUUGGAUCGAUCAUCAAUGGCUUCGCACUGCCGCUGAAAGAGGAGCACAAGCUGUUCUUGACCCGGGUGUUGAUUCCGCUCCACAAGGUCAAGAGCUUGAGCAUGUACCAUCCUCAGUUGGCAUACUGCAUUGUACAGUUCCUGGAAAAAGACGCGGCGCUCACAGAGGAAGUCGUACUGGGGCUGCUGCGAUAUUGGCCCAAGGUCAACAGCACAAAAGAGGUCAUGUUUCUGAAUGAAGUGGAGGACAUCUUCGAGGUUAUGGAUCCUGCGGAAUUUGCCAAAGUUCAGGAGCCACUGUUCAACCAAUUGGCGAAGAGUGUCGCAAGCCCUCACUUUCAGGUCGCUGAGCGCGCGUUGUACUUUUGGAACAACGAGUACUUCUGCAACCUUGUCAGCGAUAACGUUGACGUUAUUCUGCCGAUCAUGUUUGCACCCUUGUAUGAGAACUCAAAAGGCCACUGGAAUCGAACUAUCCAUGGCAUGGUGUAUAACGCCAUGAAGCUCUUCAUGGAAGUGAACCCGCAACUCUUUGACGAAUGCUCUCACAACUAUACCGAAGACCAGAACAAUGCCGAGGGUGUAAAGGCAGCACGCCAGGCCAAAUGGGAUCGAUUGACGCAGCUCGCGGAGUCUAUGAAGCAAAAUGGCCACACAUCAGCGGAGAGCUGA